UUUUCGUAAUAGGACAAGGUUAGAGCGUAGUUCCUGUGCAACAUCCUUUUCAAAGGACUGCUUUGAAAAGCUUUUCGCAGCCUUUACAAACACACAUUUCACUCAUCUCUGAACAAUACUUGAUGCUAGUUUGAAUUGAGUCCUUUGCUUACUUAUCAUCAUGAUGCGUUAUUGGGGAGAGAUCCCUGGACCCGCGGGUGCACCUCCCAGCCGCAGCUCCUUUGACUUGCUCCAGCGUGAAUUUCGCUCAGUGGAGAUGCAAGAUCCUCCACUGCACCAGCCGUCAGCGCAGCGCCCACGUCCCACCACGAUGCUGGACAUCCCGUCAGAGCCCUGCAGCCUCACCAUCCACACGGUGCAGCUGUGUCAGCAUGCCAGACGUCUCCGUGGCCUCCUGGUAACAGCACAGGCUCAGGGUCAGAACUCGGCAUCCUCAGAGGGCGGCAACAAGAUGGAAGAGACUGAUGUCAACCUUCCUCAACGUCCUCCAACCCCACCUAUCAUGCCAGAUGAUCUGCUGCCUGUGGACAGCAAAGCCCCACGGCAACCCUUCCAGCUCCUUCACAGUGAUCCUGAAAGUGACUUUUAUAAGGGUAAAGGUGAACCAGUCACAGAGCUGAGUGGGCCUUCUUGCAGGCAGCUCCUCUACCAGUCAGUGGCCACUGUCCUGGCCCACGCUGGCUUUGAAUCUGCUCAGGAGAGUGUGCUGGAAACUCUGACUGACCUGGUCCAUGAGCAUUACCUGCGCCUCACACGCCUGCUGCGUGUGGCAGUCGACCGGGAGGCACGGCUAGGAGCGAGUCCCUUCCCAGACGUGGUGGAACAAGUGUUCCAUGAGGUGGGCAUCGGCAGCGUGCUGGCCCUGCAGCGCUUCUGGCAAGUUAGGAUCAAAGAUUAUCACAGCUACAUGCUGCAGGUCAGUAAGGACCUGUCGGACGAGUAUGAGCGGCUUGUGAACCCAGAGAAGGCUCUGGAGGACUCCAAACCCCCAAGGAUUAAGGAAGAGCCCAUGAGUGACAUCUCCUUCCCUGUCAGCGAGGAGCCUGAGGCUGACCUGGCCUCUGGGGACCAGGCUCUUCCCAUGGGGGUCCUCGGGGCCCACGGUGAAAGGCUGGCUGCAGGCCUGGACGGUGAUCAUUCUCCUCACAACUCAGGUGGAGGCGGGGCCAACCACUCCCCUCUGUGGCCACAGGUCAAAAUGGAGCCGCAAGAUGGCGAGGAGGGCCAGGGCUCAGGACAUCAUCAUCACCACCAUCACCUGGGUGGGGAUGUGUUCGAGGAGGGGGGACCCAUGUCCACCAUGAGCGAAUCCGGAGGAGCCAUGGCACCCUCGCCUGGAGGAGCAGCGUCCGAUGGCAGCUAUGCCUCGCAUUCACCGGACUCCCUGAUGAGCUCAUCACCCGUUUUCAACCAGAGACCCAAGAAACGGCCGAAGAAGAUGUGAAAGGAGAAGCAGCUCCUGGAGAUGGAGGAAGAACAGUGGACUCUUUACCUCCACAGCUAGUUUCAUGGACGCAGCAGCUGCACAGUUUUAAACUCGGCCUGUUAAACUCCUCUCCACCUGCUGAAAUCAUAGCGACUGCAUGUCAUGAGUGAACUUAAAGGAGGGGGAAUAUAUUUUGUAGUUUUUCACGUUUGUCUUUUAUGAGUGUAGUUUAUCUCAAAUGGCUGAAUAUUUUUCCAUUAACUAUCAAUGAAGUUUACUGGUAAAAAAAAAAAAAAAAUAAAAAAUCUUUUCAGUUAUUUUUGCUUUUCACUUUAACUGUAAAAAGAAAAAAAAACAUUUAAGGAGUAUCUUUCUGUAAAUGAAUGAGAACACAGGAAACAGCUCAGGUCUAAAAGCAAACCGUUUUGUUAAACAUCUUAAUAAUUCAGCAGUGGUUUGUUUUCUCAAGCUAUUAACUCACUCUGUCCUCGCAUAGCAAUUACUGUCUGUGCCAUUCAGUAUGAUUAAAAGAGGCCUCACCAAACAGGAGAAUAUUUGGACAUGUUUUUCCUCAUGAAUUCAUUAUGCUGUAUUUUUAACACUCGCCUCCUUGUUUACCUUCCGCGGUAGACUUUUCAUGUAACCAAACAAAGCAGUACACACACACACACACACACACACACACACACACACACUGUUCCCACACCUGUCAACCUGAAGCUGCUCCGCCAAAUUAGCAUCUGUGUCAGUAAUGAGGCAAAUCUCUGAAUGCAACACCAGAAGCAAUUAUGGUUUGAUCCUCUGCAUCACAACACUAACAUCAAUCCAGCCUUAAUGGCAAAUUAAUUACAUCAUACAUAACUGUUCAUGCUGAAUGUGCAGGUCUGAUGAUGAUUUUUGCUUUGUGUUUGUCCUCUGUCAUUUUCACAACCAGUCAGGUAAUUUUCUUCCCAAGGGAGGGGCUGAUGGGGUCAUAUGUGUUGAUAUUCAAUUAGCUGCAACAUUAACUUGAUUCAUGUUUUUAUUUGUGGCAAACUACUGCAGCAGCUGGACAACAAAAUCAGUGUUCCAGACAUGGGCUUCCCUCCACGUUAGUGACGGUAGGUAGCGUCUCCUACCCCUAAUGUGAGUUCAUUUCCGCCCUGUUGUUCUGUUUUAUUUUGUGGUGACUGCAGAAAACUUAACACUGUCUGUCUUUGAGGAACCAAAAAUGGUCUUAUUUAACCCAUUUAAAGGUACACGUCGUUGAGAUAUAUAGCAGGGUUUCCACGGACCCUUAAAAAGUCUUAAAAGGCAUUAUUCAUAAAUCUAAAAACAAGGCCUUAAUUAGAAAUAAAAUGUC